AUGGUAUUACCCAUUCUAAUUGGAAUUGGGGCAACAGUCGCCGCCUUAACCACGAAGGCUACCUUUAGUGCUUACCGGAAGUACUUGCUUCUUACACCACAGAUGAUUGCUAGCCUUAAUAACAUACAAUUACAUUCAGCUGAUGAAAUUAAGCGAGAUAUAGUGAAUGGGAAAAGACAUAAAGAUGCAGAGGCACAUAUAUUCUUAAUGCUGCGAUAUCCCAGAGCAGGGUUCGAUCAGCAGAUGACAGAAAGAGAAGCUCUUCUAAUUUUGGGUAUUGAGGGUAAUGACAUUUUAACCUUUGACAAGGCAAAGUUGAAAGCCAGAUAUAGGAAAUUGAUGGUGGCAAACCAUCCGGAUAAACAUGGUAGUGAGUAUAUGUCACAGAAAAUCAACCAAGCAAAGGAAAUCUUGGAAAAAAGUUACAUAUUGAAAAACAAAUAG